AUGCGGAACGUACAUAUCUCUUCAUCGGUUUAUUCACCGAUCUCUUACUACGGUGACAAGUUCACCAUGCAGUCGGUCGUACUGCAUUACUACCACAUUAACAAGACUUUCAUGUCGCAGAUCGGCACCUGGCCUUAUCAGAGUAAGACAAAGAGGAUAUUGAUACUCAGCACGAUAGUGUUAGUCGAUGUCAGCAUUCUUAUAGCAGAGGUAACUAUGUGUCGAUCGUUGUUCGCAGUUUAUAUUUACACGUCGAUGGCACUGUUCAUGAUGAUUCCGAUGUCGCCGCAGAUUAUGGACAUUGUAAUGCCUCUCAACGAUAGUCGCCCGCGAAAGUUGCUGAUCGAGGUCGAGUACCGUGUAGAUCGGGAGAAAUACUACUAUCCCAUUUUAUUCCAUUCUUAUGUGGCGAUUAUAUUGUGCAUAUCGAUUGUAGUAUGCGUCGACACUACAUAUAUAUCAUACGUGGAGCAUGGCUGCGGUUUAUUCGCAGCCAUUGGGUAUCGAUUAGAGCAUAUUAUUUCAAAAGGACACAUUGAUAAAACAAGCUACUUCGCGAAAAGCAAAGAAAGAACGUAUCAAGAUGUAGAAGUCGAAGAUACUUGCUUCAAAGAGAAGGCGAUUUUUUAUGAAUUUGUCACGUGCUUGCAAAAACAUCAGCUUGCAAUUCAAUAUGUUCGCGUAUUAGAAUCUUCCUUCACGUUAUCGACAGGUAUCCAAUUGUUGUGUAAUGUAGUUGGCAUAAGCCUUAUAGGGAUUCAAGUAAUCAAUAACCUCGAUAAUACCGAGAAUAUUAUUAGAUACACUGCCUUGUGGUUAGCAUCGUUUUUCCAUCUUUUGUGCAUGACCCUGCCAGGGCAGAGACUGAUGGAUCACAGCUUAAACGUCUUCAAUAGCGUAAGUAUCGUGCCGUGCACAUUGACUGCCGGUAAACUGUACGUAAUGUCAAUGGUCAAUUACAGUUCGGUAAUACAGACUGCUAUGUCUUACUUUACAACAUUCUCUUCUCUGAAAUAG